ACCAAAGUUAUGAAUUGUAAUUGUAUAAAAAAUUCAUCGACGUCAAUUGAUACAAUUAUAUUAAUAAAACGGUGCUUUAACAUUUCAACGUUUCAAUACUAAUUUACAUCGAUCAGAAGUGUUGCAGACGUACGUGUCUAUAAAUUACAUCGAUUGGUAAAGCAAAGGAAACAUGUUAACGACAGUUGUGCAAGAAGUUCGGCCAUCACUGUAAUUGUGACGGCGCAUGUUAUUUCUACAAGAAUGCCAAAAGUGGUCGGCCUUGCCGUUUUUUUCUUUCACCCAAUUUUAAUGCAGAUAAUCGGCACAGAUAUACAGUUCGAUUUCAGUAUGCGAACAACUUUCGCAGGAUAAACACGAUUCUUCUUUUGAUCAUCCGUCAAUGUUACGACUUUCUAUUAAAAGUGCCAAUUCGUGCCUUUGGGAAAAAUUGUAUCAAACGAAACCACCAUGUCUACAUAUGUGCCGCAAACUCUUUUUCCUUGUUAAAUCCUGCGAAAAAUUCUGCGAACGCGUUUCAGAUACUCGAGAACCUCCGGAGGAGUGCGUCCCAGUGAGAAAUGAUAAUUGAGUUAAAUGAUCGAUAAGUACACUUUAUCAAUUUCGAACCGUUAUGAGAGCUCGGCGCAGCUAAGCUACGAACUGCUCUCCGAUCGUCGUGACGCGGAGUCCGGAAUGCGGGACAGUGCGCGAUCGUUGGCGAGCACCAUUGUGUCGAGAGAUUUGAAACCGCUGAUUAACAUUCGCUUCUCGCAAUCUUAUUUCGUAUGACUCGCGUUGUGCUGCCCUGACCGUAAGAUCCGUAAAAAGGACUUUGAAUGCUGACGCAAGCGGCCCUGAUGCUAUGCAGAUCCGAUGGCUUUUUCUCGAUGCAACGUUAUGAGACACCGCAGUUGAUUCUUAACGUCCCGUUGGACGAAGAACAAGAUUGAGUGCCACAUAUGUCGCGAAUUGCUUAUUUCUAUUUAUCGUGUUAAUUAAUCAUUAAAAAUUUACGAUCGGAGAUACGUAAAUUGUGUUUGAGAACAGCUUGCGGUAGAUAUCGAAAGUACUGAGCAUCACGGCAAAGAUUAGGAAAACUGCAUCGCGCCGAGCGCGCAACUGUAAUCUGCGUUCAGGGAGAAUUGAUGUAAUCUCUCGUGAAGCCUAUUUCGAUUCGACUCAAGUCAAUAUCAGAGGCCUGGCUUUCUACGGUGGAAAAUAAUAGUAACACGUAAACACUAGAUUCGAGAGAACCAGGCUGUAAUAUAUCCGAUUGGGCGAAGAUUUAUUUCUCGCGCGACACGAUCAGAUAAUCCGCGAUGUUCAAACUCUGCCUGAUAAUCUUAUACCUGAAGCACGUCGGUGGGAUCCUGCCUGCGGCCGUUCUCGAAACGGUACACCACUUCCUCGCGGGACUCCCGCCGCCAAACGAUCUGCAGGACGAGGACGCGGUGCCCGAGCGACGUUAUCUGUCCUUCGACUUUCUCGUAAUUGGCGCCGGAUCGGCAGGAUCGGUGCUCGCAAAUCGUUUGACCGAGAAUCCCGAUUGGAACGUCCUGCUGCUCGAGCAGGGCAGGGACGAGACCUUCCUUACGGAUAUCCCCUUACUGGCGCCGAUCCUCCACGUCACGGACUACGCUCGCGUGUACAAGGGCGAGCCACGGCCGCAGGACGCACAUGGUCGCGGUGGGUACUGUCUCUCGAUGGUCGACGGCCGUUGCAAGGUAGUAGUCGGAAAGGCGGUUGGUGGCACCUCGGUGGUGAACUUCAUGAUCUAUUCGAGGGGCACGCCGGUCGAUUACGAUGGCUGGGAAACGCUCGGGAAUCCCGGGUGGAGCUAUAAGGAUGUAUUUCCUUACUUCAUCAAAUCCGAGAGGUGCAGGCUGCUCGAUAGAGACACGAGAUAUCAUGGAUACAACGGAUAUCUGGAUGUUACGACUCCUCCUUACGCCACUCCUUUGAGAGAAUGUUUCUUGAAGGCUGGCCAAGAGCUCGGUUACGAUCUGAUAGAUUACAACAGCGAUAGGUUCAUUGGUAUCUCGACAGUGCAGGCGAAUCUGCGAAACGGUCACAGAGUCAGCGCCAACAAAGCUUUUCUCAGGCCAAUUCGAGAUAGAACGAACUUCUAUCUGUCCAAGCUCUCGACAGUUACAAAAAUUGUUAUUAAUCCAGAAACAAGGAAAGCCGUGGGCAUUCAAUUUGUGAAGGACCAUAAAACCUAUUUCGUUACUGCUACUAAAGAGAUUGUACUCUCCGCGGGUACUUUGGGUUCGCCGAAGUUACUGAUGCUCUCCGGGAUAGGUCCAAAGGAUCAUUUGAAUUCAUUAGGCAUCGACGUAAUCGAGGAUCUUCCGGUAGGAUUUAACUUACAGGAUCACGUGAGCAUGUCAGCUUUAACAUUUCUAGUCAACGAGAGUGUAAGCAUUGUCGAACCACGUUUAGGUUCGAAUCCGAGUGAUUUUUUUAAGUACCUGACAGAGGGAACUGGUCCUCUAACAAUACCCGGAGGCGCUGAAGCUUUAGUCCUUAUUAACACUAAGGCUAACUAUUUGUUGAAAAAACCGCAAAGGGAAGAAUUAAAGUUUAAGUACACUCAGCGUGUAAAUACACACAAGAACGACAAACAGUACGCUGUUCCCAACAUCACGUCCAUUACCGUAAAUCGUAAUGUCUUCGAGGUAAAUCCUCACGUUAACAGAGGCAAGAUCUCAGGCAAUGACUAUCCCGACAUCGAGUUGGUGUUAGGCGCAAGCUCGUUAGCCGGUGACAUUUCCGGCAGCUAUCGCGGUCUGCUAGGAUUAACGGAAGAAUUUUACAACAAGGUUUACGGCGAUUACAAGGGCUUGGACGGCUUCAUGAUCGUACCUGUGCUUCUGCGACCCAAGAGUCGCGGUAGACUCACCUUGAGAAGCAACGAUCCGUGGGACUUGCCGAUCGUGGACAUGAAUUAUUACGAUCACGAGGACGAUCUGAAUACAAUGGUGCAAGCUAUAAAGAUCGCGAUCGAAGUAGCUUCCACGAAGGCGUUCAAACGUUUCAACGCUACGCUGUUGCCGGUACCAUUCCCAGGGUGCAAGCACAUCAUUUUUAAGAGUGACGCAUACUGGGCCUGCGUCGCCCGACACGUGUCAACGACUCUAGGUCACUACGCGGGCACAUGCAAAAUGAGCCCCCGGAGAAAUUCGGGGGUAGUGGACCACAGAUUGCGAGUGCAUGGGAUCGACGGUCUCAGAGUCGUGGACGCCAGCGUUAUGCCGACUAUAAUCGCUGGUCAUACGAACGCGCCGACAUACAUGAUCUCUGAGAAGGCCAGCGACAUGAUCAAGGAGGACUGGAAAGGUUCCGCUUCAUGAAACGUGUGGGAAGCGGGCGGAAACAGAGAUGCUACGACAUGCGAAACAUAGAACGCGUGAUCGUGAAAGGAGAAUGUGAUAAAGAAAAGAAGUUUUUCAAGGACAAAAAUUCGUGAAACUUUAGAAGAGAGAAGAUUUAAAGAGUAUUGUUGCAUGUAAACUAACAGGGUGUUACAUCUAAAUAUUUUACUGACAGUGUUGUGCAUAGAUGAUUUUAAAAUUAGCUAGAUAAAGAUAAGAU